AUGCUGGCUCCAGUGCUGGCCUCUCCAGUACAAGAAAGAUGUGCGCACACUGGAACUGGUUCAGGAAAGGGCCAUGAAGAUGAAAGGAUUGGAGCAUCUGUCACAGGGGGGGAAGCUGAGAGAGCUGCGACUGUUCAGCCUGCAGAAGAGUCAGUUCAGGGGGAUCUCAUACCUCUCGAGCAGCUGCUCACAGAACUUGAAGAUUUUCUGAGGAUACUGGACAAGGAGAACUUGAGCAGCACUGCUGUUGUGAAGAAGAGCUUCCUCUCCGACCUUCUGCGGGUCUACACCAAGUCCAGUGGUGGUGAUGAGGAAUAUAUUUAUAUGAACAAAGUGACCAUCCAUAAACAGCAGGGUGACCAGGAGAAACAAGACAAAGCGCUGGAUCGGAGAAACUCCCUGACCAAUGGAGACUCAGGAUUGCAUUUAUCCCCUCCUCAGAAGAGCCUGCCGGACCUCCCCCCUCCAAAGAUUCCUGAAACAAAACAACCUCCGGUCCCCAAGAUCGAAUCCCCAGAGGGAUAUUAUGAAGAGGCUGAGCCAUAUGAUGUCUCUGUAAAUGAAGAUGGUGAAGCCGUUAGUAGCUCCUAUGAAUCUUACGAUGAAGAAGAGAGCAGCAAAGGCAAGUCAGCAACCCAUCAGUGGCCAUCCACAGAGGCCACCAUUGAGCUGAUGAAGGAUGCCCGCAUCUGUGCGUUCCUGUGGAGAAAGAAGUGGCUGGGACAGUGGGCAAAACAGCUGUGUGUUAUCAAGGACACCAGGUUGCUGUGCUACAAGAGCUCCAAAGACCACAGCCCUCAGCUCGACGUGAAUUUGCUGGGCUGCACGGUCAUUCACAAGGAGAAGCAAGUGAGGAAGAAAGAGCACAAGCUGAAGAUCAUCCCCACGAACGCCGAUGUCAUCGUGCUGGGGCUGCAGAGUAAAGACCAGGCGGAGCAGUGGCUCAGGGUAAUCCAGGAGACCAGCGGCGUGCUGUGCGAAGGAGGCAGUGAAGGCAACCAGUACAUCCCAGAUUCGCAGCGUCUCAGUUACCCAAAGGUGGAGGUAUCUGAGAGGUACUCUGCAGCCUCCGAGAGCGGGAGCAGCACAGACGGCCACCCAGAGACAGCCGAGACGAAAGAUGUUAAGAAGAAGGGCACAACUGGCCUGAAACUGAGCAACCUGAUGAACCUCGGGAGGAAAAAAUCUAGCUCCCUGGAUAGCCCAGAGAGAUCCCUGGAGACUUCAAGUUACCUGAAUGUGCUAGUGAACAGCCAGUGGAAGUCCCGUUGGUGUCAGAUAAAAGACGGUCACCUCCAUUUCUACCAGGACAAGAACCGAAGCAAACUGGCUCAGCAGCCCCUGAGUUUGGCAGGUUGUGAAAUUAUCCCAGAACCAAGCCCUGAUCAUCUCUACUCCUUCCGCAUCCUGCACAACGGAGAAGAACGGGUCAUUCUGGAGGCAAAGUCCUCGGAGGAAAUGGGCCACUGGCUGGGUCUCCUCUUGUCGGAGUCAGGUUCAAAAACAGACCCGGAGGAAUUUACCUACGAUUACGUGGAUGCUGACAGGGUUUCCUGCAUUGUGAGCGCGGCGAAGAACUCCUUCUUCUUAAUGCAGAGGAAGUACUCUGAGCCCAACGCCUACAUCGACAACCUGCCAAAGGGCAGGGUGCAGCAGGAGGAGCUGUACGAUGACGUGGAUCUGCCAGACCUGCCUGUGGAGGAAGUACCCAAGAGUGAGAACAAAUUGGAGGGGGACCAAGACAGAGUGUACCUGGAUCUCACCCCAGUGAAGUCCUUCCUACACUGUGCUGGCAAGAAGUCAUGCCAGCCUUCACCCCUCAGCUCACCGCCUUUAGAAAGGGCUGCCAACAAGGCUGCAGCGGAGAGCGCAGCCGAGACAGCCCUCGUGGCUAAGGAAGCCGAGCCCUGUAGUAAGGCGAUGGAGACCUUGGAGCAGAAACACCCAGAGAAGCCAGAACCCGACGAGGCGCUGCCACGGAUGCCCGCUGUCAAAAUCCAGACGCAGCAGCAGAACAUCGCCUUCCCCCAGCCGGCCCCGGAGCUGCCGGUGGGCCCGGUGACGGCGGGCAGUCCCCAGCUGGUGCCCGCAUACAGGCCCAAGAUGCCACUGCCGGCAGCAGCAGUAGAAACCAAGCUGGGCAAGAACCGGACGGAGGCAGAGGUGAAGCGGUUUACAGAGGAGAAGGAGCGGCUGGAGAAGGAGAAGGAUGAAAUCCGGGCUCAACUCACCCAGCUGCGCAAGGAGAGGCGGGAGCUGAAGGAAAUGCUGGGGAGCAGCACAGACAAGAGCCUGGAGCAGAGGCUGAAGGAGGUGGAAGAAGAAUGCAAAAGGAAGGAGAGCUGGAGAGUGGACCUGGAGCUGAACCUAGUGGAGGUGAAGGAGAACCUGAAGAAAGCAGAGUCUGGCCCCGUGACGCUGGGCACCGCGGUGGACACCACGCACCUGGAGAACGCAGCUCCCCGGGUAAAAAGUUCCAGUCCAGCAAACAGUGCAGAGAACUCACCAGUCAACUCAGCAACGGCUUUAAAAAACCGGCCUUUAUCUGUCAUGGUGACGGGGAAGGGAACAGUCCUACAGAAAGCUAAGGAAUGGGAGAAGAAGGGAGCUAGUUAGAACCGUGUUUUUCAGAGAUGGACUAAAGACUGGAAUUGCCCAUGCAUGGCCAAGGGGAUUCAAUCACUUGUAGGUGGAGGUUGGGUGUGCAACACAACCACACACCAAGUGCCUCCUCCAUGUCACGCCAACUGCUCAGAUGCAGCAAUGGAGUCAACGGCUGCUGAUGCGAGUUAUCCCAAAUGAUCUUGCUCUUUCCAGACAAGUCCCAAUCACAUAGCUAAAACAAUAACAACCAGUGGCAAUCCUUGCAUCAGAUUCCUAACCCAGUUGAUGUAAACAAGAAUGUUACUGUACAUAGGGGUGUUUUGUGUAUUUCUACUCUGAAGGUUUAUCAAUGAGUUAUUAAGGUUUCUAUAUUAGUGACAGUAGUGGGUUCAGAAGGGGCCUCUGUUAUUCUUUAUACCCCAGUGGUUUUCAACCUGUAGUGGCAAAUUGCAGUCAACUGAAGUCUCACCUGUCUUGCUGCCAGUCAUCGCUCAGCUG